GAUUCAAGAGCAAAAGAGGGAAGCCGAAAACAGAUGGCGCUCUUCAAUUUGGGAAAUUAAUUAUAGCUAGCUAUAUACGCUAUGCGCUAGUACUAGUACACGGUCCCAUUCGUACCCAUUAAUGUUAUCAAAUUUUGUAUGGGCGUAUGGAAUUAGUUCCCCGGACUUCGUAUGGAUAUUUCUCAUUUGGAAGCUGGACCUGGCCUAGACUCUGGCAUGCCUAGACUCUGAUCUCAUGUGAAGGAAAUUUCAAGAAUUAACGUUAGAUUGAACGAGUUAAAGCUACUUUUUCCUGGAAGGAGUGCUAGAAUGGGAUUCUGAUGUUCUGUGAUCAUCUACCUCAUCUCACUCUGAGUACUUCUUCUUUUGGUCUACCGGUAUAUCUGAAUGUGACAUACAUGAGAAAGUGAUACCAGUCUCAGAAUGACUUCAGAAGCCAACAAGGGCAAGGAGGGUGCUGGUGAUGCUGAUAAGCGGGGCUUGUCGAGACAGGGGAGCAAGAAACAGCUACCCCAGGUGCCUCCUCAGGAUGGAGCGAUGACCCCACCCAGACCAACCUCUGCUCUCCCACCCCAAGGACACAACAGUUCCAUGUCUGCAGCGUAUGGACAGUUCUUCUUAGAAUAUGCCUUGUUAGCAGAAUAUAACCAACUUCACAAACAGAAGUUACCGGGUGUAUAUGUCAUACCAUCGGCUAAAUCACCACUCCAUUGGUUUGGUGUGCUAUUCAUCAGACAAGGUCUCUACCAGGAAGGUGUCUUUAAGUUUGAUCUACUCAUUCCAGAAAAUUAUCCAGACGGUGAUUGCCCUAGAUUAAUAUUCCAUCCAGCAAUAUUCCAUCCCAUAAUAGACCCAAUUAGUGGAGAACUAGAUGUCAAGAGGGCCUUCACCAAGUGGAAGCGUAACGUCAACCAUCUUUGGCAAGUACUGCUGUAUGCCAGGCGGGUUUUCUACAAGAUAGACACCAAGUCACCGCUCAACCAGGAAGCCGCUACGUUAUAUGAAGAGGACACUGACAUGUUCAAGUCAAGAGUGUUUGACACGGUGGAGCUGAGCAAGAUGAAACGUUAUGACCCUCCGUACUCGGACGACCCUCACGCUAUCAAGUUCAGUCGCUGGGACGAGAGCAAGCAUGGAGAGACGUUACGCACCAUCACAACGCCCAAGGUAUAGGAACAUGGGAUUCCCCAAGAAGACGGUGUGAAUAAGAAUGCGCAGACCUCGGGUUUAUCGUGGGUUAAACCGGGAAAUAUUCAGAUAUUCAGCAAAGACUGAUCGUACUGUAACCAUCAAACCUUGAUAUGAUGCCAAUUUACAUGUAGUAUGUCAGUGAAAUCUCAAGUUCUUGGAUUUUUGUUGUUUUUAUUUUGGUAAAUUGCCAUUUGGUCUACUUCCGCUAUGUCUACAUCCUGUUUGGUCUAAUCCCACAUGGUCUAAUUGCCAUUUAGCCUAAUGAUAUUUUGUCUAAUUUACAGUUAAGCUUUACAAAUUUUGUCUAGCAUCCCUUAUUCCCUUUGGUCUAAUACCACUUAGUCUAUAUGGUUUGAUGGAACUGUUUUCAGGAACCAAAUUUUCAUUUGACAAAGUAAGAAAUGAUAACUAGAUCAAGUGGAAAUUUGGCCAACAUGGCAUUAGAUUUAAUUGAGAAUUAUGCUAAAUGGGUAUUAGAUCAGUGUAGUGUAGGUCAAACUUGAUGGGAUUGACCACAUAUAUUAACAUAAAAGGGAAUACUGUUUUGAGAGAAGCAGAGAGAAAUUAGAGGCAUAUUUGGUGAAGGUUUGAAAAUGACAUCCCAAUAAUUUAGAAUUUUGAAACUAUUUUCCUUUGGUUAGAGAUUUUGGAUACUAAUGAAUGAUUCGUGGGAAAGGCCUCACUUUGAACUCCUUGCUAGUUGUAUUUUUGUCGCACUUCGAUUGUUGAUUGCUGCAUUUAGAGUAUAAAAGAUUUUAGAAGAGAAUUAUAUUCAAUCUUUGUGCCUUUUGGUUGAGAAAUGAAUUCACCAAUGCUUGCCUAAUGUAUGAUAGAUUUGUUGCUGUGGUUAUGUAAAUGUACCCCUCUUUCUAAGUUUAUAAGCGUAGAUGCACACCUCUCUGUAUUUUGACUAGACACCAAUUACAGUCGCACUAGCACUUUAACAACUAAGAAAAGAUAUCUAUAACUCUAUGAAGGUCCUUCUAAUAGGCAAAUUGUCUGUGCUGCGUCUUUAAGCAGCAAUCUCGCUACCAGGGGGGGGGGGUACUCAAAUUAUAACAUGAUACCUAUGUGCCGCCCCAAAGUCGAAAAAAAAACGGCUCUUGGAUCUACGAUUGCUGAAAAUGCAAUGCUCCGGAACUGACUACAUAAAAAACGGGGGUCUCCGGAACUCAUUAGAUCGUAGACGUAAUUGGAAGCAGCUAUGGGAAAAAAUGCGCGCGUCUUGCUAGAUUCAUAUCGAGCUAGCGCUAGCUAUUUUCGGCGUGGGGAGCUUCGGGGACCCGACGCUAUGGCUCUGCGCUGUUUGAGCUCGCCCCUCCGACCGGCUGAGUAGUUCAUAAUUGGCGUGCAUUGAAACGAGAAAUCACAAAUUUGAGGGUCCCAGGAAUGGGAAAAAACGGCAAUUUCUAUGGCUUUCUAAAUUGGUGAUGCUCUGGUACAGAAAUUUAGGCUGGGGGGUCUCAACCAAGGCACAUACGUAUCAUACAUUUAUACUGAGUACCCGGUCCCGCUAUUAGGGCACUAUGCGUCUUUUCAUUGCAACAUUCCCAAUAACUUCGUCUCUGAUGAAAUAUGUGGAUCGGUAAUGAAAGGCCGCUUGCAGGAUUCCAGCGAAACAUAUGUGACUGACUUUUGAUGAGGUGCCUUAUGAUUUCUAGGAAUUCUUCAUUUACUGUUUUAUGAACCUCGGUCCGUAUGCUAAAAAUUACUUCUUAUGUAAUUAUACAUGUUGUAUUCUAAUUUCUAAUUGGCAUAGCAAUCAGGAAUGGGGAAGAAAUAGCCAUAAAGUAUUCAUUUGACAUCUCAGAACUUUGGACUCUAGAUUGUGCUAUGAUUGAAUCUUCUCAACUGUUAUAAUGUUGUUACAUAAUCGGGUCGUAGAUCAGUUGCAAGCUGUGCGGUGGCCAUUCACAGUGUGUAGGAAGAAGCCAUUGUGUACACACCUGUAUGCUGAUCCAUGGUCGCAGUUUUUUUUUAUAGCCAAACCAAUUUGCAAGUAUCCCUCCUAAAGCAUAUUGUCAAUUUGUACGUUUCAUAAUACCUGUGCGACCAAUGCUCAUUAUCAUGAGGCUUGUGGGUCUACCAAUUUUUUCCUUUUAAAGAAAUACAAAAAAGCUGCGAGUGGGGUUUAAAAAAAUGUUUGAAAUCUUCAACUGAUUGAUGAAUCCAUAUUGCAGGGAAGAUUUGAUAUUAAUCAGUAACUAAUAUUGAAAUCCCAGAAAAACCAGGGUUGGCAGGAGUGGGAAAUUCUGGUAAUAAGUACCAGCAAAUAACGGUGAGUACUGCCUCAAUAAUUUUUUAGGGGAAUGGGAAAUACUUAAACAUGCGGGGGAACGCAACAAAAUAUUCUUCCUGAAUAUUUUCCGGCAUUGCCCAGGUGUUUCUCAAGCAUAUUAUUAUAGCAUUUCCCUGUACAUCCUAUUAAAGUUCUUCCCAGCAUUUGCAAGUUUUUGCCCAGUAUUCCCCACCUUGGCAGGAAAUACCUUAAUUUCCAAGGAAAGUACCAGCCCCGAGGAAAACUGGAAUAUUUUAAUGAGGUUUGUAAUCACUUUGAAAGAGAAAUGUUCUCAACGAAACCAAUCUCUCAGGAUUAACGUGAAUGUGUGACAUCACAAGUUUGCAACUUGUGCGCAUUAUGAAACAUAAAUAUUCAUUGCAGGAGUAAUGAAAGAUCAAAUACAUCGAGUAAACACUUAUAAAUAGACUUGAUAUUUACAUUGUGCAAUUAUUGAUGUUCGAUCAAGGCCAGGUGUAGAUAUUAUCCCAGGUUAGAUACUAGCCCAAUCUCAAAUAAGUUUUGAAUAUUUUGUGGAUUCUCUUAUUUGUUGUAUUACACGGAAAUCAAUUGUUCAAUUGAUAUAGUGUUUGGCAUUUCGAGUUCUACAUUGUACUUAUUUUAUCAUUCAAAUGUGAAUUUUUAUGUUAGUAUUUAUGGAGGAUUCAAGCUAGAAAGUGAACAGAAAUAUCUGAAAUAUAAUAAAGCAAGUCUGUACUUUUGUAUCCCCCCAUUUCUUAUUUCCUUUAAAAUGAAUUGAAGUAAAAUUUGAUAGUUAAAAUGAACAAUGGGUCAUUGCUACUUUGUCUUCAGAUAAGCAAAUUAUUUGUAGCAUUGGAAUGGUGUAGAUAUGAUUGUGUGCUAUAUUUUUCUUUCCAAAAUUUAUACUCGUAUGGAUACUGUUUUAUCAUUAUGAACAGCCUUACACUGUAGAUAUCAUCUUGAUCUUGUUAAUUUAUUACAAUGUACCAAAUAUUUCGGAAUAAGAUCAUCAUUUAAAUGAACAAUUUGGGUAUAUAUUCAUGUGUACAUAUAUGUAUACAUGUAUAUGCAUACAAAUAUGAAACUAUAUAUUUUUUGCUUUCUGAGAUAUGGAAAUGUGUAUAUCUUGUUAUGAUGUACAUAAUUUUUCAAUACAUUUAAGAAAAGAGCUUUCUAAAUGUUCAUGUAAUUUUGUUGUUUAAAGAAAACUGCAUGUUAGGUAAAUGCAUUUUCCUGGAAACAGGCGAGGUCUUUGACGUAUUGAUGUAAAUAUAAAUUAGGUGUGGUUUGUUUGUAUCUUUUAAUACUCGCAUUGCAACUUUGUAUUGUCUGAAAUUGUAUGUUGUGUGUGCAUUAAUUUACAUGUAAUUCUCAUGAAUAUAGAGCAACUGGUUAUGGAGUGUACUUUGGUAGUAAUGUUGACUUAAGGAUUUCUAACAAAGAUAAUUCAUGUAGCAUCGCCCGACUACUUUUUGCUAUCUUUAUCAUCUUGUUGUAAUAUAUGCUAUUUGUUGAUGGAUUGUAACUCGUGCAUUGCAAAAUAGGUCCAAUGGAUAAUAGCACUAGAAGCUGUGGAUCUAGAUUAGGCCCAACUCUUAAUUACUGUCUCAAUAUAUGUCUCAAUAAAUAGAGUAACAUUCACGAAGCAAAAUGUUGAAAAUAUGAUCAAAAUCGGAUAACAAAUAACAAAUUUAUUGAAUUUUAAAUAUUUGCAUUAUUACAGUGUUCACAGUUCUAGGCAUGUCGUCAUGAAUAUUCAUUAGGUGGGCUGAUGAUGUCAUAUCCCACUUGUUUUUUUGUAUUUUAUUAUAUGAAAUUAGGUUUUAUUCAAAAAAAAUUCUACCAGGAACUAAAACAAUUGGAUUGACAACUGAUUAAGUGCAUUAGUUAUUUAUUGCCACAACUUAUUCCAUCAUAAUGGAGACAAAUCAUUUCCACAUGUAUGAAAUAAUGAAACAUUUAUGAUUUCAUGUAAUAACAUAUAAAGGAAAGUGGGGAUGUGACAUCAUCAGCCCACCUAAUGAAUAUUCAUGACGAUGUGCAUAUAACUGUUUUCACAAAAUAUUGAUAAACUUUAAAAUACAAUAACAUCGUUAUUUGUAAUCCGAUUUUGAUGAAAUUUUCAGCAUUUUUCUCUGUGAAUUUUACUCUAUUUAUUUAUAUAUAAAUAUUUUCAGCCCGGACCAUCCCUUUAAGUUUACAUCCUCAAGAUGUAACAUAGGAGUGCAGUUGGUUUUAGAGAUCUGAAUACAUGUACCCUAAGAGGAUACUUGUUAAAUGAAGACAAUGCAUAAAGUUCCAAUUGCUUAUUCCUCUCACACGCUUACAAAAUAUGAAUGUUAUUGUCAUUACAUGUAUUUGUAGACAAGCAUUUUCUGCAAAGAUUAUUUGAUGUGCAUAAUUAUUUUUAAUACAUCAUCAAUUGAAUUGAAUAUAUUGUAUAUUAUUUUUGUGUGCAAUGUUUCAUGGAGUCAAUAAAUAUUUAAGAAAUGAAA